GCCGCCGCCGCCGCCGCCGCCGCCGCCGAAUCCCCAACAAGGAGCUGAGCCCACAGCCGCCGCCGCCCCGGCCGCUCCAGUCGUCGCCGCCCCUGCCGCCUGCGGGCACCCGCGCAGGCUCGGCCGCGGCUCAGAUAGAGGUUGAAAGGCAGAGAGAGAGAGAGAGAAAGGAGGAGGAGAAGGAGACACCAUAUCGAUGUUUCAUGUUGUGAAGUGCCCCUUUUGCAUGGUGCUCCUGUGUGGUGAAUAGGGGCUCAAACUGAAGUCUUUGUACAUGCUUUAAAUGUACAGCCUGGAAAGACGUCUCCUCUCAUGCCCCAAUGGAAGAUUUAUUCUGCCCAGCAAUUGCUCUGCCAGACCCGGGAGCCUGGCAGAGUAAGUCUCCUCCAGGCCCUAUUGUCUGCUGCACCAUGGCGACCCCUGAUGUGAGCGUUCACAUGGAGGAGGUAGUGGUGGUGACGACGCCUGACACUGUGGUGGACGGCAGCGGUGUGGAGGAGGUGAAGACCGUGCUGGUGACCACCAACCUGGCUCCUCAUGGCGGCGACCUCACGGAGGAUCACAUGGAGACGGAAAACGCGGCUGCUGCUGCAGCAGCGGCCUUCACAGCCACCUCACAACUCAAGGAGGCAGUGCUAGUGAAGAUGGCUGAAGAGGAGGAGAACCUGGAGGCCGAGAUCGUGUACCCCAUCACCUGUGGGGACAGCAGAGCCAACCUCAUCUGGAGGAAGUUUGUGUGUCCAGGCAUCAAUGUGAAGUGUGUACAGUAUGACGAGCAUGUGAUCAGCCCCAAGGAGUUUGUGCAUCUAGCCGGAAAGUCCACCCUCAAGGACUGGAAGCGGGCCAUUCGGAUGAAUGGCAUCAUGCUCAGGAAGAUCAUGGACUCCGGGGAGCUGGACUUCUACCAGCACGACAAGGUCUGUUCCAACACCUGCCGCAGCACCAAGAUUGACCUCUCGGGGGCCCGCGUGUCUCUGAGCAGCCCCACCUCCGCCGAGUACAUCCCGCUCACUCCUGCCACUGCCGAUGAGACAGAGAGAGAUGGUGGGAGAGUGGGAGGAAAGACAUUUGCAGCACUGCUCCACCACUUGGGAAACUUCCACGCUACAGUGAAUGGAUCUCCUGCCACUAUCACCAUAGAGACCUGUGAGGACCUUGGUGACUGGACUACAGCUAUAGGAGAUGACACAUUUGCCUUCUGGAGGGGCCUCAAGGAUGCUGGCCUGCUGGACGAAGUUAUCCAGGAGUUUCAUCAGGAGCUGAUAGAGACCAUGCGAGGCCUGCAGCAGCGGGUCCAGGACCCCCCUUUGCAGCUCCGAGAUGCCGUCCUCCUCAACAACAUCGUGCAGAACUUUGGCAUGCUGGACCUGGUGAAAAAAGUGCUGGCCAGCCACAAGUGCCAGAUGGACCGCUCCCGUGAACAGUAUGCCCGAGACCUCGCAGCCCUGGAGCAGCAGUGUGAUGAGCAUCGCCGACGCGCCAAGGAACUGAAGCACAAGUCCCAGCACCUCAGCAACGUGCUCAUGACUCUCACCCCCGUCUCCCUGCCGCCCCCCAUGAAGCGGCCCCGCCUGGCCCGGGCUACCUCAGGGCCAGCUGCCAUUGCCUCGCAGGUGCUGGCACAGUCCACCCAGAUCGCCCUGGCACCCAGCAUGCCCGUCUCCCAGCUAACCAGUGUGCCACUUGGCAAGGUAGUGUCCAGCCUGCCCUCUCCCGUGCUGGGCAAGGCCACCCAACAGGCACCCCCUGCCAGCUCCCCAGCAUCACCGCUGCUCGGCGGCUACACGGUGCUGGCCUCGUCAGGCUCCUCCUUUCCCAGUGCUGUGGAGAUACACCCGGACUCGUCCAGCCUCACAGUGCUGAGCACGGCUGCCAUGCAGGACGGCAGCACACUGGUCAAGGUGGUAAGCCCACUGCAGCUGCUCACGCUGCCUGGCCUGGGUCCCACCCUGCAGAACGUGGCCCAGUUGUCCCCCGGGGGCAGCACGGUGGUGACAGUACCCACAGGUGCUGUGGACAGUGCCAGCAUUCCGGGGCCUGAGGAGCACACAGCCACCAUUGAGGUGGCCGCCCUGGCGGAGGGCCAUGAGCACAAGUAGCCGUGGCCACAGCUAAGCUCGGCCGGGGCCCCGCGGGGUUGCUGAACCAAAGAGAGGACAUGCUAGACAGAAGGAAAGAACAGGGGAUGCAUGGCAGCAGCCCCUGCCCGUCUCUGAGCCCUACACCUCCUCCCUUCUUUUCUUGGGAAAUGUACUUUCCAUCUGUUGCUUAUUAAUACUGUUUACACGUUGGGCCUUGAGCAGAAGCAGGCGGGAGAGGACUGAGGGUGACAGCAGCCGGGCUGGAGGCAUGGGGGGCCCGGGCCAGCAUCUGUCAGCUCCCCCAGGUCUGAGCCAGCCAGGGGACCCUUACUAACACUUGUCUUGGGACCUGUGCCCAAGUGUGGACACCCGUAGAUCCUAUGGAUUUGGUUUCUUCCCACAGUUUUCUGUAGGGCUAGCGUGGAGGUACCCCAGCCUCCAUUUCCAGAACAGACAUCUGGGUGCCGCCAGUCUGCAUGUGGCUCAGGUCUGGGGGCUCCUGGGCACCUGGGGUUGGGGUGCAGAUUCCAAAUCAUGGCCUGAGCAGAGGGCCGAGAAUGGGGGCACCUGUCUCCCCUGCCUGGCAGGUCUCAGGUCUGGGGGCGGGGGCACGUAGGGACAGGGGGGUGUUUUAAGAGAAUUGUUUUGUGACUCUUAGGAGAGUCAAAUUUAUAGCAUUUUCAACCCAAACCAUUGCUGGUGCCGAGUGUACUCUGGGGCCAGAGUGCUACAUUCAGAGUGACAGAGGGUCAGUGGCAGGGCCUGGGACACCUGGGGCUAUAGGGGGGCCAGGCACUGGGCUUGGUCCUGGGGUGGAGUGCAGUCUGUUGGUGUGGCCUGCAGAGCCUGUGGGGCCCCAGGCUGCCUAGCUUUGAACUCUUGAGUAGGACUAGGCCCUCAGCAUAUGGGCCAGCUCUUUCACUUGCUGGGCCCAUGUUGGGGGGAUGUGGCUGAGUGGGUGGGGCCCUGCAGAGGAGUCCUACCCUCUGCUCACACUUUGAAAGGAGCUGGGCAUUCAACCAUCUGCCCUUCCACCCAUCAAUGUGCCCAGACAUGUGUCAAGCUACUGAGGUUGUCUGUUUUCUUUCUGUUACUUUUUUUUAUUUGUUUGUUUGCUGUUCUUGCAGUCAGGUCAGCUGGUUUCCACAUGAUGUCUUCCUCCUCCUGUUGUACUCCGGUUUUUUUUUUUGUUUGUUUGUUUUGUUUUUAAAAGCUCAUUUGUACUAAGUCAUGUGAGUCCUGUUACCCAUGGAUGGAGUCACCUCUCAGACUGCAUUAGAGCCAGUGGCUGGGGCCCUCUGCCUACAUCCAUUGGAGGAAACAUCCCCCCAUCCCCUCCCAGGUCCCAGCGGGGAGGCUUAGGAGGGGACCCAGGACCCAGGACCUCAGUGCCUGGCUGGCCCAGAGCCCUCAAGGGAGCCUCACCCCACACAGGCAGAAGCACCCCUCCCUCUGCUGCACUGCUGGGGACUGUGGGCCGGGGGCUGGGGGUUCCUCGGUUUGCACCUGCUGCUCGGGCUGCCUGUGGAGGAAGCACUGAGUUCUACUUUAUAUGUUGUUUUGCAAGUAUCUGCUUGGUACUUUGAUUUAAAAUAAAAACAUUUUUCAUAGCC